CCGGAUUUCCGACAGCACUUAAAGGCACCAACCGACACACUUUUCAGUCAGACGGCGGAAACAGUGAAGGAAUCCAGGAGUACCCAGUGCCAAGUUCACAUACCGUGAAGAAGGAGGAGUUGCGAGGGCAUUUUUUUAAAAAGCAAGGAAGGUUUACCUGCCGCAGAAAAUUGAGCUCGGUGCCACGGGAGGAGCCUCCAAACAGGACAGCAGCAACAUGGAAGACAUGAGUCCGGAACAGAUGGCAAUGAGGGCCAACCAAGUGACUGAUGAGUCACUGGAAAGCACACGGAGGAUGCUACAGCUGGCACAGGAGAGCAAAGAGACUGGCGUGAACACCAUGGUGAUGCUGGACCAACAAGGAGAGCAGCUGAGGCGUGUGGAGGACGGCAUGGACCAGAUCAACCAGGACAUGAAACUGGCUGAGAAAAACCUGACCGACCUCUCCAAGUGCUGUGGUCUCUGCAUCUGCCCCUGUGAUAGGGUGACUUCAAUUGAGCAUGACUCAAAAUACAAGCGUACCUGGGGUAUUGGAGGAGGCGAGGGCGAAGUUGACGCCAGUGGCGCGAAAGUAGUCUCAACGCAGCCCUCAGGUGUUCGCAACGGCCAGGCUGCCCAGGCAAGCGCUGCAGCCCCAUCAGGCCCAUACAUCAAGAGGAUAACAAAUGAUGCACGUGAGGAUGAAAUGGAGGAGAAUCUUGAUGCAGUCGGCGGCAUCAUUGGCAACCUGAAAUCUAUGGCUUUGGACAUGGGCAAUGAGAUCGACGCGCAGAACAAACAGAUCGACCGCAUCACUGAAAAGGCGGACAUGAACAAACUGCGCAUUGAUGAAGCGAACCAGAGAGCCAACAAGCUCAUCAAAUAGACGAGGAAUCCUUCUUCUGCCAGUUUUAUCUAUCAACCUUGAGCCUCCUUCGCUACACACAUACACACACACACUGUAUACUUGCGCACACGCACCUACACACACACACUCUUGGACAAAAUGAAAAUAAAAUUCUAUCAGGAAGACGUUCUGCCAGUAAUGUGCCUGCCUUUAUACUACACUGAGGCAUACAUGGAGUAUACAAACAUUUACAUAUUUUUAAAUUGUCAGCCACCAUUAACACCUUUCAACACACAGUUAUGCUGGACUGUGACAAGCAGUGUGGGCAUCAGAAACUGCACCAUAGAGGAAGUGACUGACUCCAUGUUACUGCUGUUUUAUACCAAAUAUGGACCAGGCCCGUUGCAUCAUAUCAUAUGACAUUCAUGUUAAGGGAAGUAGCACAGAUCAUCUGCUCUUUAUACUUGUUUUUUCCUCUGAUUUUCCUUUCUCUUAAAGUCAUGAACUAUGAACGCUUGGGGUGUGUGUGUGUGUGUGUGUGUGUCUCUGGUGUGUAUGGAUGAUUUAACUGAUCCAUAUUGAUAAAGCCUCGUUGUUGAUACACGUAUGACCGAAAAUCCGAAAAAUCGACCUUGUCCUGAAAUGCGUCUUGCUCGAGUCCUUAUAGGUCAUUGUGUAAUUAAGUUUAUUGUAUCUUUGUGUAUUAUUUUGGAGAUUAUGUGCUUAUUUAAUUAUGCAUUAAGCAGAAAUGGCUUGUGAAUAAAGUUGUCUGUUCUUUUUUAAACACUUUGUUCCCAUGUCAUUUUUGCCAUUUCAGAUGUAAAAGCUAAUUUAAAAAAAUUAAAUGUUGAGCUUUGGAGUGAGUCACGGCAGACCUUUUCAUGCUGGAAUUCAAAGCACCUACCCCUGAAUGAAAGCAAUUCCAUGUUAAAUUUUAACAGUUUCUGACUGAUUGGAAGCCACGGUCGCUUGAAACUGCUUGAAUGACGAUGUUGGACGGUGUUAGAAACAUUAAAGCAGUCGUUUGUCCUUCAAAUGUGAAGGAACAUCAGUGAGGAAUGUUCAUCAUUACCGCCUCUGAAGCAUGUCUAACUAAUGAUGCUGAAUACGGGAAACUAACAGCAGUUGAACAACAGCUGUACAUCAUAUUUAGUGUUUCUUCAGGUUUUUCAUUCUGACCGCAGUGUUGCUGUAAAUACUGAAACAUACUGUAGCUGUUUAUUAAUGGCUUAUAGUCAUCCUGUUAAUCUAAUUUCGUCCUUCUUUCCUUGUUACCUCUUGGUUAAUAGAGAUUUAUAGCUCCCGAGAGGAGACUUAACAGCCAACGGAGAGCUUCUUACACAAGGUAAUAUGCGGAAAAUUAAUUUCCUCAAGUUUGGCAAUUGUCCGUAAACGUAUGAAAACAAGUGUUCAGUCCCGAAAUACAAAUGAACGUUGUCUAAUUCUGAAUAAUUUCUCAGCAGCUAUGUGCUGAUUUAGCGUCGCUGGGUCAUUGUCAUUACGGCUUAUGCAGCAGUUUUGUGAAAAAUGAAACUGAUUGCAGGGACCUCGGUAAUGCCUCAUAGAUGAUCUGUGGUUGUGUUGUAACAGCCGUUGUAUCGCAGAAGCCUCCUCUUGCAUCUGUUCUGCAAAUAGUCAGUUUUCAAAUCCCAGCUCCAGUAAAAAAAAAAAAAAAAAAAUAACAUCUGAUGACAGAAAGCAUAAUUUGAAUUAGUUUUUUUGUUUUUCCUAGCUGUGGCCAGGCUGAGAAAUUAUUGCAGGCAGCAAGAUGCACAAUAUACAUGAAAAUCUAAGUUGUUUAAAGGGGUAAGUGAGGAAGUAGAAUAAGUUCUGGCAGGUUUUGUUAAGGUCUCGCUGAGGAAAAUUGGCUAACAAUAAAGUAAUACAGUGUACUGAAAAUAUCUCUGGUAUCUGGUUUAUUUGUUUUGAAGAAAAAUUAUAAUUUGUAUGCUCUGCUGCAGGCACAUACCUAUUGAGUUUGUAUAGAUUGAAAUGAACUGUUAUUCAGGGCUUUGUAUUGCUAUAAGUGAUCAACCUCAGCCUGUUACUUGUGAGAUGAGAUCUAAGUAGUCUGAAGCUGCCUUACUGUCUCGAGGCUGUUUAUUCAUUGUUUUACCAGCAGCCACUAGAAUGUAAAUACAACACUUUUGUCUAUUUUGAAUAUGUUCAUAUGCAGCUCGUCUUAUCUGAAAUUAGCUCAUUUGACGGAUGAAUGUUGAAAGUGGAAAUGCCUUUUGUUUCAUCCCUGCCUCUGUUAAAUUGUUUGCACUCAAUAAAUCUACUCUGAAAUUCA